AUGAGAGAGAGAAGCAACGUGGGCCAGAGAGGCUGUGCUGCAGUCAGAACCCCUGCUGCAGCACGCCUCUCUGGCCAUGACGCCGCCAUGAACGGCCCCAACAAACUGUUUGAGAUGAUGACAGGAGAUCCAAGGGAUGCCUUGCUGCGGCUGGCAGAGGUUGUUGACGUGCGCUCCCUGCGAGACACCCUCAGAAAGGCAGUACAGGAUCUACUACCACACACGGAGGGUGUGUGUGUGUACCUGCUGGAGGGAGAUUCCAGGUUGCAGAGCGACAACCCGGUCCAUGAGCUGCCAAAGGAUGGGAAGAUCAGGAGCAUGGCUGCCCGGCUGAGGAGGUGUCAGUGUGCUGGCCUGCCCCCCUCGGAGCUUCCGGAAACACACCGGAGCGCCCUGGCAGCACCGCUACCCAACUACAGACGAGCCCUGGUAAUUCCUCUACCUGACCAGAAUCAGAUACACGCCAUCUCCGUCAUACUGGUGGGAUGUAAGGCAUUGACAGAGCAGGAGGAACAACUCCUCAACACUCUGGAAAAACAUGCGGCAGUUGCAUGUAGGCGUGUUCAGUCCCUGCAGGUAUCCAAUCAGAAGCCUCUUUUCAGCCCGUCACCCAUCCAGCCCCACACCCCUCUGUUCCAGCUAGACGAUCAAGAUUUCAGCCAAAUGGACCACAACAUUCUCCAGCUCUGUGGUGAGUUGUAUGACCUUGAUGCUGCUUCUCUUCAGCUAAAAGUCAUCAAUUAUCUCCAGGAAAAGACCCAGUCUCAAUGUUGCUGUAUGCUACUGGUGUCUGAGGACAACCAUCAGCUCUUUUGUCAGGUGGUGGGAGACAAGGUGUUGGAAGAGGAGAUCAGCUUCCCUCUCAUGUUUGGUCGCUUCGGCCAAGUAGUGGAGAAGAAGAGGUCAAUCCGUCUGCAGGAUAUCAGUGCGGAGGAGAAGAGACAGCUGUCCAGUAUGCUGUGCUGUGAGAUCUCCUCUCUGCUGUGUGUUCCUGUCAUCAGCAGGGCCACUGGCCAGGUUGUGGCACUAGCCUGUGCCUUCAACAAGCAGGGCGGACAGAGUCACACAGAUGGAGAUGAACGCACAAUCCAGCAUUGUUUCUGCUACACGUCCACUGUCCUCACCUCAACACUAGCUUUCCAGAAGGAACAGAAACUGAAAGUGGAAUGCCAGGCACUGUUACAAGUGGCCAAGAAUCUCUUUACUCACUUGGAUGAUGUGUCAGUGUUGCUGCAGGAGAUCAUUGUGGAAGCCAGGAACCUCAGUGAUGCAGAGAUUUGCUCGGUCUUCCUGCUGGAUCGUGUCAGUCAUGAGCUGGUUGCCAAGGUGUUUGAUGGGGGUGUGGUUAGCGACGAUGAGACGGAGUUCCGUAUUCCUGCUGACCAGGGCAUAGCAGGUCACGUGGCCACUACAGGUCAGACCCUGAAUAUCAAGGAUGCAUACUCACACCCUCUCUUCUACCGCGGGGUGGAUGACAGCACUGGCUUCAAGACCCGCAACAUCCUGUGUUUCCCCAUCAAAGAUGAGAACAAUGAGGUAAUUGGGGUGGCUGAGUUGGUCAAUAAAACUAAUGGACCAUGGUUUAACCGCUUUGAUGAGGACCUGGCGACCGCAUUCUCCAUCUACUGCGGCAUCAGCAUUGCCCAUUCCUUGCUCUACAAGAAGGUCCAUGAGGCUCAGUUCAGAUCUCAUCUGGCCAACGAGAUGAUGAUGUACCAUAUGAAGGUGUCGGAGGAGGAGGUGACCAAGAUCCUGGUGACGGGCUUGGAGCCUGUACAUAGCAUCCAUCCCUGCUUUGCUGAGUUUACAUACACACCUCGCUCCCUCCCGGACGACACCACUCCCAUGGGUAUUCUGAGUAUGUUUGAAGAUAUGGGCUUCAUCAACACCUAUAAAAUCGACCUCCAUACUCUCGCAAGGUUCUGUCUGAUGGUGAAGAAGGGCUACAGGGACCCUCCGUAUCACAACUGGAUGCACGCCUUCUCUGUCUCCCACUUCUGCUAUCUGCUCUACAAGAACCUGGGCCUCUCCAACUACCUCGAGGAAAUAGAGAUCUUUGCUCUCUUUGUCUCCUGUAUGUGCCACGACCUGGACCAUCGCGGGACCAACAACUCUUUCCAAGUGGCCUCACAAUCUGUUCUGGCAGCACUCUACAGCUCAGAGGGCUCAGUGAUGGAGAGACACCACUUUGCUCAAGCCAUUGCAAUUCUGAACACCCAUGGCUGCAACAUCUUUGACAAGUUCUCCAGAAAGGACUACCAAAGGAUGCUGGAUCUAAUGAGGGACAUCAUCCUGGCCACAGACCUAGCUCACCAUCUCCGCAUCUUCAAGGACUUGCAGAAGAUGGCAGAUGAUGGAUUCAAUCCAAAAAGUCAGACCCACCGCUCGUUGCUGCUGUGCUUGCUCAUGACGUCAUGUGACCUGUCUGACCAGACCAAGGGCUGGAAGACCACCCGCAAGAUUGCUGAGCUCAUAUAUAAGGAGUUCUUCUCACAAGGUGAUCUGGAGAAGGAGCUGGGGAAUAGGCCCAUGGAGAUGAUGGACAGAGAAAAGGCCUACAUUCCAGAGUUGCAGAUCAGCUUCAUGGAACACAUCGCAAUGCCCAUCUAUAAGCUACUGUCAGAGCUGUUUCCGGGAGCAACGGAACUGUUUGAGCGAGUAGCGGCCAAUCGGGAGCAGUGGACCAAAGUGUCCCACAAGUUCACCAUCCGCGGGUUGCCUAGCAACAACAGCCUGGACUUCCUUGACCAAGAGUACGAGCUGUUGCAGUCCCAAGGUGCACUGGGUGAUGACCAUUGCCAAGAGGACCAUUGCCAUGAUGACCAUUGCCACAAUGGUUGCCUUGACGAUGGGGAUGGGGGGAGGGGCCAGUGACCACAGUGAACCAUGAGUGAGUUAGGUGUUUUUCUCGGCCAAUAGGAGCCUGAAAAAUGUAUCUUUUAAACAACCUCAGACGGAGAGGGGAUGUCUCUGACUUCUGUCAAUCGCGGAAUCGCUGAGCAGGACAGACACAACGACCUGAGGAAAGGAGAUCCAGAUUAAUUGAAUCAGACAAGAGAUUCAUUAUAGUUGUUCAGAACAGAUGAGACAAUAUCUGUAGAUGCUACAUGUUGCUUUGUCUCCGUGUGCAGGAAACAGAAAAUUGUGACUUUGUCUUGAAAUCAUGCUUUUCACAAGUCUUUUCAUAGUGUUCCAAGAUCCUAUUUUACAUGCACACACAUACACAAACGUACACACAGAGACAAACAAGAGACAGCUUCACAUUGAUCUGAUUCUAUAACCCUCUAAUGCCCUCCACUGGCCCAAACACACACAUUCGCCCACACACAUAAACAAACACACACAUUUGCCCACACUCUCAUACAUUUGCCCACACACACACACAUACACACGAACACUUACCCACCCACACACAGACAGUACAAUUUCCCACUGUAUUUUUAAAUAUAUUAAUACAAUUUCCAUGGCCAUGAAUGCUAAGUUGCACAGAGGAAUAUUAUCUAUAUUAUUUUGGUAGGGCAUUAUUUUAGCUCUGUUCUGUAUCUCUCCUAUUUUGGGGGUUGGUGGUUUGGACAUGGAAGAAGAGACUGACAAUCAAAAUGAUCCUCGACAUCACCAUAAACAGAAAUAGUUCUCAAAUAUUCACACACUCCACAAACACACACACUACACAAACACACACACUCCACAAACACACACACUUCACAAACACACACACACUCCACAAACACACACACUCCAUAAACACACACACUCCACAAACACACACACUACACAAACACACACACUCCACAAACACACACACUUCACACACACACUCCACAAACACACACACUCCAUAAACACACACACUCCACAAACACACACAUUCCACAAACACACACAUUCCACAAACACACACACUCCACAAACACACACAUUCCACAAACACACACACUCCACAAACACACACAUUCCACAAACACACACACUCCACAAACACACACACUCCACAAACACACAUUCCACAAACACACACACUCCACAAACACACACAUUCCACAAACACACACACUCCACAAACACACACAUUCCACAAACACACACACUCCACAAACACACACACUCCACAAACACACAUUCCACAAACACACACAUUCCACAAAGACACACACUCCACAAACACACACACUCCACAAACACACACACUCCAUGUGUCCCUGUCCCUCCCAGACACUCUGAAAUCUUGUUCUCUACAACGCUAUCUCUUUCUCUAAGUUUAUUGUUUUUCUUUUAACUUCCUCAGCCUUUUCCCAUCAAAACACUUUUAGAUAGACAGCUACUGAGCUACUCAAACCCUUUAAUGAUUCAUUGCCAUUUCUUCUUACAUGUGUGUGUGUGUGUUGUACGGAUCUGCCUUAUUGAGCAUCUUUGCUGCCUUAGAGCCAUGGGAUAGUAAAUUAGUUUAAAAAAAUGACUCUCUUUAUAUUACACUCCAGAAUCGUGUGUGUGUAUGUGGGUGGUGAAUGAAAAAUCUGCCAGGAGGGAUUGAAGGGCCACAAGCACUAAGACAUCUAGCCUUUUGGGCAUCUGGUCCUUCUGUUACACCUAAUAAUGUGUUGGCGUCACCUUCUCAAGGGCUGACAGUGUGGGAGAUAACCAGAACAUACCUUUGGAUCCAAGGCCAAUAUGAUUAAAAUAUGAAAUAAGAUAUUUGUUUAGCAGAUGCUUAAAGAACAUACAUACAGAAUGUUAUUAGGUCAAAGGACACCAAUGAACUUGAUGGGAAGCAUAGAGUUUAGUUAGAUUUGCCAGCUUAGUGGUGUGUAUUGUCUAGGUGAGUAUAUUACUUUGGGUGAUAUAUUAGGUUAGGUCAUUAUCCCUCAGGAUGUCUGUGUGUCUCUGGUUUCACUGAAUGACUUUGUUUUUCUACAGAAUUUCUAUGGUUUAACCUUUUAAGGGCAUUCAGGUUGCUGUGUAGAAGAGCCUUUCCUCCAAGCUAAAAUGUCUCCCAUUCCCUCAAGUUGUUAUUUAGCUCAUUCUCCAAUUCAGAUCUGCCUUCUUCAUGUGCAAUAUGAAGCGUCCGCCUGUGUGAUGGUGCGUAGACUUUCAUGUAAAUACCGCCUGUUAAGUUAUGACCUCUUGGGUUUUUUGUCCCUGUGUUUGUCUGCUCUGUGUGCCAACAACCCCAACCCUCAUUUUCAAGGCACAGGAUUCUCCCUGUGACCUAUGUCAUUAUGGUGAUUACCUGUGAUUCAGUCGUUCCCAGUGGCGAAAUAUAAAUGCUGUAAAUAUCUGUUCAAAGAAGUGUUCACUGAUUAUAUGUCAUUAUUACAAUGAGGAGUAUUUCAAUUCUUUAAUGUAGUGGUUGUAUUCAGACAUCCUGUUCUAUUUUUCAUCUCAUUUUUGAAGAAAGCCAACCUGGACAGCUGGACAAAGGAGAUACAUAUAACACAGUAUAUAUCUAUAAUUUCCGGGAACAAAACCAAACAAAUCCGAAAUGUACAGAUACAUCUGAAACCAAGAUAGAAGUUUGAAAUCUUUUAUUUCUGUUGUUAACGGUGUAGAGAUGGCAAAUCUGUGUGUGUUCUUCAGACACAGCAGGUGCCGAGACUGACAGAACAAUAGGAUGAAAAUCAAACUUUUCUUGGAAUAAAUUUGAUGAGAAGUG